AAGAGAGAGAGAGAGAGAGAGAGAGAGAGAGAUGGUGGAUGGAAUGGAGAAUGGUGGAGGGAAGAAUACGAUGAAGGUAGCGAACGAAAGAAAGGUGAGAAGUUCAGAAGUGCUGCUUAGGUUUCUGGCACUUCUCUCUACUCUCAUCGCAGUUAUCGUCACUAUCGUUUCUGAGGAAACAGAGCUCGUUCCUGUCGUCGUUCUAGCUAACCUCCCUCCCGUAUAUGUUCCUGCAACUGCUAAAUGGCAAUACUCCUCCGCCUUCGUAUAUUUUCUAGUGGCAAACGUGAUAGCGUGUGCAUACGCAGCAUUAACGCUGAUGCUGUCGAUAAUGAAGGUGGCGGGGACAAAUGGAAUAGCAAUGGUCAUGAUCGUCUUUGAUCUCUUAGUGGUGGCGCUCCUCUUCUCCAGCAGCGGUGCCGCGGCGGCGAUAGGUGUCGUGGGUUACAAAGGGAACGUUCAUGUAAGGUGGGAGAAAGUGUGUGACAUCUUUGCUAAGUACUGUCGCUACACCGCUACUGCUGUUGCCGUCUCUCUCUUUGGAUCCACCGUCUUUCUUGUUCUGUUAGCACUCACGGCUUUGCAUCUCCGCAAGAAAUCUCUUUAGAUUAUUAAUAGCUACUUUUUUAGUUUAAUCU